CAUGAUUAGUUUGCAUGCUAUACCGCUGGCAGUGUUUCCGCAGAGGGAUCGAGUCCUCCCCGGUCCUCCGCUGUUCGGCUGCUCUGCGGCCCGCCCCUCACGGUGUGGCGCGUCCUGACGCUUUUCCACGUCGCCGCUCCGUCUCACAGACGAGCUCUCUGCGUAUGUAUGCGUGUCUCCAGCUAGGCCAGAGAGUGAUGGCGGCGCCCGUCCUGAGAGUGUCCACCCCUCGGUGGGAGAGAAUAGCCCGGCUCCUCGUGUGCCUGCUGGGCAUUCUGCUGUCUCUGUACGCCUUCCACGUCGAGAGGGAAAAGGCUCGAGACCCGGGCUACACGGCGAUGUGCGACGUCAGCAGCUCCAUCAGCUGCUCCAAAGUGUUCAGCUCAAGGUGGGGUCGAGGAUUUGGACUCUUGGGCUCAAUUUUUGGAAAUGACAGUGCACUGAACCAACCCAACAGUGUCUAUGGGAUUGCCUUUUAUGCCUUUCAGCUCCUACUAGGAAUGACUGUCAGUGCAAUGGCCGCCCUUAUUCUCAUGACGACAUCCAUCUUGUCGGUGGUGGGUUCGCUCUACCUGGGCUACAUCCUCUACUUUGUCCUAAAGGACUUCUGCAUCAUCUGCAUCACCACAUAUGCGCUGAACUUCAUUCUCUUUAUUCUCAACUACAAGCGACUGGUUUACUUGAACGAGGCCUGGAAGCAGAAGCUCCAGGCAAAGCAGGACUAAGCUGUGGAGAACGGCAAGAAAAAUACAAACAAACAACUACAAAAAAAGAACAGACCUCUGAACAUUUGACUUGCCACCAGGAGACCUUGCUUCCAAACAAUGUUUAUUCUGCUGUGUGUUCAAAAAAAUGAAGAAAUUUAACUUAAAUGUUGGGGCCUGACAUCUCAGUGUUGAUUGCAAACAUGGAAGGAUUUGUGAGUGAAAAGGUGAUUUUUCUUUUAAUGUCAUUUACCUUUGUUUAACAUUGUACUCACUUAAAGAGGGGGCUGGUUGUGUGUGUGAGAGUGUAUGCACCUGCGUGUGGGGAAACCCAACAACAAGAGCAAGCUGAGGCAGCGGGCCACAAUACAGACCGAUGGAGGACGGCUCUCUUUUGAACAAAAAGGAUCGCAGAAUGGAAGAAAAAAAAACGGGACAUUAAACGGGGUUUACUUGAAACGGUUAAAAAGGUCCUAUUACUGCACAGCAGAUCUGCACUAAAACUUGGACCCGAAUAAUGGGUCCCUGAAUUAGAAAAACACUCAUUAAGGUUAUUGUGGUUUGCAGAUAAGGUUCUAUGGCAUGGUGGGAGGACAAAACGAGUCACAUUUAUACAGAAUCUUUUUUUUUUUUCCAUGUUUACACUUUUUAGAACAUUUCUUUUUGAAGAGGACCACUAAAAAUAAACACGGGACAAUGUGAGAUAUUGUGUGUAGAUCAGUCAGAUUGUUUGUUUUGCAAUUCUGUAAAUAGCUGCUGAGCAAUAUUCAAGGCUAGAUUGUGAUUUAGUGUUGACACAAACUUUUAACAAAAAAAUAAAAAAGAUCACACCAACAGUAGAAAACCGAUCAGUAAAUCUGGAUUUAAAAGUAAUGGAGGUCACAGUUGGGGUGGAUGAGUCUGAAGAUGUGCGUGGGACAUCUUCUGUCCCGUCAUCCUGGUCAGGCAUGCAGUUCAGAGUCGUGUGGUUUUCUCACUGUUUCAUCUGAAGCCACCGACGCAAGUAUUUAAAAACAGCACUAUAGGUUAAUUUCUCCAAGUUUGCAUACAAGGCAUCCUCACGUUUUGGUUUUGUUAUUGUGUGAAAAGCAUUCCUGACCACCACGCAUGUGGGAUCCAUAAAGACUUAUGUGCCUAAAGGAAUGUUAAGCUGAAUUACCUUUUAUUUGUUGUUUUAUUAGUUUUUUUGGGGUGGGUGGGUUAACACCAGUUUUACUCUUCACAGGUCCAAGGAUUUAUUUUUCUGAUCACAAUUUUGUAAAUUAAGAUACCAGUCAAGUGUUUCUCCCUCCCUGAUAGUCUCAUUAGGUAGCAAAGGCUGCUACACUGUGAUUGUCUGCUCAAGAGUAGAGUGGCCUGAUGGCAAACGCAUCUCGUGCAUUUCUGUUGCUUCACUGUCCUUCUGGCUUUCGUUCACUCGUCCAGGCCUGUAUACAUUUGAUGUCAAUUGAACAGUAGCGGUGAUCUUGCCAAGCUGAGUUACAGUUCAUUUACAGGACGUGAACAAAACUUGGAAAAUGGAAUAGUUUGCUGAGAUAAAUGGCAGAAGAAUGACAACGUGGAGAAUCAUGUAAGAAAACAGAGCAACAAAGUUAAGCCAUAUGUAGUUUGUGGGGUUUUCCUCUGGUGGGACAGACAUUCAGGUUGCUGAUGGUUUUCUGUCACACUGAAGCUUCUCAUUUAGUGGCUGAUGUAACAGAGGAAGGUUUGUACAGAGAUGGAUCAGUGUUGUGGUGGCUUUGCUGGAAGUAUUGGCACUUCAGUGAUGGAGUAGGGCCACAGUCUCUUUUCCAUCCAAAAUCCACUGGUUCAAGUAUCAUCCUUGUCAGAUGCAUGGUACAGUAUCUCCUGGCUUUAAGUACACAGUGGCCAUCGGACAAUCUUACACACACUGUCAAAGAUCUAUAACAGUCGUAGUAAUAACUGUAAUAAUGUGAUUCAUCUGUGUUGUUAAACCAGCUUGUUGAUAGUUCCCAUCACUGCUAGUCUCCAUCUUGCCCCUUCAUGUUUUAAUAGAAGUUGUUUUAUGGGGUGUAGGUUGUUAACGUGUUGAUGAUAGCAACAGUCAGGAAAGUAAUUUCAGUGACGUGCUUCCUGUGUUAACAUAUGAAGUCAUCAGUUGUAAAUGAAAAUGGACAUUGAGGUGAUACUUUUUUGUUUCCUCAGAUAUUGUCAAAGUGAAACUGUCUGUUUUUGCAUGUUGUGGCACAUUUACAACCCUUCAGAUGUAGGCUGUCUGACAUCACUGUUGAGCAUUUCCCAAAGCAUAAUGUGUUCUAUGUUUUGAAACAGUUUCUUAUAUUUCAGGCAGACAGCGGUUUCCAUUCAUUUCACAGUGAUAUGUUCAAUUCACAACACUUGACACUUAACUCCCUUAGUCCUUCACAGUGAAGAUUAUUAGUACAGUUUGUCAGGUCAAUAUCUCUAUCUCUUUUCCAGCUCAGUUCUUACUCUGAACCUGAGAUUAUUUUUCAGUUUCAAGCUUGUAGUCAUUUUAGGAUAUUUGAUAUUCUUUCAGCAGUUUUGUUUUUGAGCCACAAGAGGUUUUAUACAGCAUAUAUGUGUUGGUGCUCCCGAAGACCUGUUAAUGGACUUGAUGUGUAAAAUCAGUGGCAUUCCCAAUUUUAAAGGCACCAGUGUGUAGGAUUUAGAGAGAUAUAUCGGCAGAAAUUUAAUAUAAUCUUUAUAAUUGUUUUCAUGCAUGGAUAAUGACCUGAAUUCGAUAAUUGUGUUUUUGUUAUCUUAAAAGGAUUGUUUUCGCUUUUGCCGAACCUGUCAUGUUUCUACAUUGGCUUUAGAUAGGUUCUUGUGUUUUUAUGUUACUUGAAGACCACUGUAGGCUCCUCUACAUGAAUGGAAAUGGUGGUUCUAGGGUGUAUUCAGUGGGCUGCUAUCUACAACUUCACCACUAGAAGAAACUAGAUUCUACACACUGGUCCUUUUAAACACAUUUCCUUCCUCUUUUCUUUUUGCAACUUUAUUUCAAUGCCACACAGAAGUGAGUGUGAACCACUGGCUGCCUGGAGGAUAAACUCAUCCAAACGCUAUGAUUCACUUUGGAAAGUGGCUGCCAGUUAUGUUAUGUUGACAUGAUUAGUAGCAGAGUUUUCAUCAUUUCUCAAAGUCAUCUCUUAAGAUCUUCCUUACAGUUUUACCUGGGCAGGCUCACAUCUGGUUCUCAUUCAUUUAUUGUCAGAAUGACAACGUACAAUUGCAUCACUGAUUUGUCUUUGUCCUUUUCCUGGGGAAGCCUGUGCUCAUACAAGACAACAAUGAGCAAUCACUUAAACAAAAGUGAGAAGUCUUUCUGCAUGUGGACAAUUCAAUCUAACAUUACUUGCUGGUUUUUGGUAACGGCUACGGAUCCUAUGAGCAUUGACCAUAGAACUGACGAGCGAGAAUUAGCCUAUCAUUACAUUAAUGGUUCCAGUCAUAUGCAAACCUAUUACACUAAGUUAUGUGCAGUUACUUUAAAGAUGGAAUUCGGAUGUUAAAUGUUUGAAAUCUUUUGCUGGUAAAAGGACCACGAUGUUGUGUGAUAUGUAAAAAAGAAAAAGGUCAAAAAUGGUUGAUACUGCAUUUCCAUGAAUAUUCGCUUAGGCCCUGAGGUAUAACUGCCAUGUUAGUUGCAUCACCAAUGCCAAUAAAAGUGCCUUCUGUAUGAUCACUAGGCCUUGAGCCAAAGACGAGUAACAGUAACAGCCUUGUAAAACGAAGAAUGGUAACUUAAGAUGUAAUCGGAUAAAUUGGUUAAUUCCCAAAGAUGUAAUAUCCAGCGUCGGUGCAAAAAUCCUUUCAGAAAUUGCCGGACAAAAUUUUCUGUCAAAUCAAUGGCCGUUCCGUUUUCCCCUACCUGAACUCCACUGUAUUAUUAUCAUCUUUAUUUUAUUCUAGCUAGGACAUGUUUGUUAGCUACGAACACACACUGUUGAACUACAUGAUUGUAAUGUUCCUUUUCAUCAUUAAUUAUGCCCUUUAGCUGUAUAGACUGUUAACAUUCUGGGUUAUUUUAGUUUAAAUAAACGUUGAGGGGUUGGAGGGCUAUAGGAAUCCAUGUGUCAGCAUAAAAUGUUUAUUAAAUUUCUUUGUGGAGGAAAACUUACCGGGUUUGCUUCUGUAUUGCCAAAUAUGUUUUAAAAUGCUGUAUUUUCUUACAUGGAAAAGUGUUACAUGAAUGGUAGGAGGGUGCGGAGAAAAGAAUCUGUUCAAAUCCAUAUUCUCUUAAGGGAAAACUGUGGAAAAGGUUGACAUGAGUAAAUUUUUUAUUGUUUCAUUGUCAUGUGGAAAUGAUCUACCAUUAAAACAUUCCCUCUGAAA